AGGAGCGCUCAAAGAGAUCUAGCGCAUCCCAAUCGAAGGGAGAUCGUCCAAGCCGCUUAGCUAAAGUUGUGUUGGGUCAUUUGCAGCAGUCCAGCUGGGCCAUUUCCAAAAAGGCGAGGAUAGAGUCGUUGCUCGACGAUAUCAACAAGAAUAACAACACUUUAUACAAGUUUGCGAAUGAGAUACGGAAGAACCGAAAGAAACCAGCAUAUAAGGCUUCGCCUUUGGUUCCAUUUGAAAGGGUAUCAGGCUUACACAUCCGUCAUACACACCUAUAUCACGCCCUUACCUCAGCAUGCGGGAAGUGUACCUGCUCUGGCCAUGGAGUCGAUCUUGCGCUUGACUAUAUGACAACUUCUAGGCCAAAUAAGCUCCUAGAUGACCCACGCUCGGAUUUUAAGGUCGCGUUUUAUGUUCAUCCCUCCUCUGACCUCACCGCUUGUUGGCAUAUCGAUUUGACUUCUUUUGAAACCAAUUCUAGAAAUCCUAUGAAGCGAAAAGUUUCGGACGACCAGAUUCCUCUCCUGGAAGAGCGUCCCCGGACAAGGCGCUCAAUGAUCUUGGAAAACCCUUCGCUGACGGAGCAUCUGGGAUCCAACGGCGAGAACGGCAAAGAGACUGGGGACAAGGAGAGCUCGGCCUCAGCUGUACCCAAGAAUGAGUCACUUGAAGCUCGAUCUAUUGACGAUCUUUGCUCGGCUCUGCAGCGACUAGAUUGGUCCAAAGACGAUACCGAAGAGAGCCAACGAACCCUAGGCUAUCUAUUAUAUCAGGAGAUGUAUACAUACGAAGUGCACGUUUCGGACCACUCGGCUGAAGUGGCCAGAAACUCAGACUCUUUAGAUCGCAUCUUAUCGGACGUGCCAUCUCAUGACUACAUCAAAACUCAAGUCAUGUAUCCAUAUCAAAGGCUACGGCUCGCUUACGUGCUCUCACUCUCCCUACUACGACUAUAUCCGUCCCCUUGGCUUGGUGUCAAAGACCGCUGGGCGAGUAGUAAUGUCCGAUUCUUUCUUACUCACCUUUCCCCCGAAAAGUGCGUCAUAACUCCGCAUAUCAAAGGACCAUGUCACGGCGAAGAAGAAAGGAGUGGUGCAGUUCGUAGCUUAGUCAAGAACUAUCAGAUAUAUGCACUUGGGGUUAUUCUUCUAGAAAUCGCUACUGGAAAGCCUAUCGAUACUUCAGUGAUUCCCGGCGACCACGACUAUGAAACGAAAGAGUUUCUUGCGGCUUUGAAAUACAAUAAUGAGGGCAUCGUCACAGAGGCUCUCGGAAGUCGUUACGGUGACAUCGUUUCACGUUGUCUACUUUUCAAAUUCGAGGGCGUGGAGUCGGAUCUUAGGAAAGAAGAACUCCAACGAGCUUUCUAUGAGGAUGUUAAAUAUAAUUCCUCAUCCACGGGUUUGAGUUUCAGCCUAGAGAGCGCUUAUUCACAUCGAACACUGGUCUUGACUGUAGGAGUCCGAAGAGAGGGCCUUGAACAUAGGCCAGCCAGCACACUUGGCAUAGAGAAGGAGCCUGAGCCUCCUUGCUGCCUGGCAGUUUAA